UGGAAAGACAGCAGCAGUGUAGCGCGCCUCCCUCUCCACUGCUCUGUGCGCGCGCUCUCCCUGUUCGCGCUGGAGUCUGCAGCUGUCCACACCGCGUCUCCCACUGCUGAGAGAAAGCCAAGCAGCGACCAAACAUUUACACACGCAGCGCAACAGGGAAGCGACGGAACUUUGAGACUAUUACCCACACUUUAACUUUACACUGUGAGAAAAGCGAGUGCUCUUGACGCCCCUGCAUGGAGUGCGUUUUAGGAAUGUGGAAUACAACACUUCAGCGUAAGAGGACGUGCCCGUGCCCCUGACGCCAUGAGCGCGGACCUGAACUUGACCUCGCUCUUAAACGUGACGGAGCUGCAAAACCACAGCAGGGGAGGAUGUUCGCUCACCAAAACGGGCUUCCAGUUCUACUACCUGCCCACCGUUUACAUCAUGGUCUUCAUCACAGGGCUGGUUGGCAACAGCUUAGCCAUAUGGAUGUUUGUGUGUCACAUGAGACCUUGGAGCAGCAUCUCAGUCUACAUGUUCAACCUAGCUCUGGCAGACUUCUGUUAUGUCCUCUCCUUACCUUUCCUCAUAUUCUACUACUUCAAUAAAACUGACUGGAUAUUUGGGGAUGUGCUGUGUAGACUGCAACGCUUUAUAUUCCAUGUAAAUCUAUACGGAAGCAUUCUUUUCCUCACCUGCAUCAGCGUGCAUAGGUACACUGGCGUGGUGCAUCCUCUCAAGUCUUUAGGUCGAUUAAAGAAGAAAAAUGCUGUCAUAACUAGUGCAUUAGUUUGGGUAGUAGUGAUUUUAGCCAUAUCCCCCAUUCUAUAUUACUCCAGAACAGGCUUAAAACGCAAUGCUACCACUUGUUAUGACACCACCACUGAGGAUGAGCUGUCUGGUUACUUUAUCUACAGCAUGACUUUGACUGUGUUUGGCUUCGUCAUCCCCUUUAUAAUAAUCUUCUGCUGCUAUGGCAUGAUUGUAAAGGCCUUAAUCUGCAAUGAUAUGAACAACGCUCCGCUCCGACAGAAAUCUAUCCACCUCGUCAUCAUCGUUCUGGCUGUGUUUGCUGUGUCCUAUCUGCCGUUCCAUGUGAUGAAGAAUCUCAACAUGAGGGCCAGGCUCUUCUUCCAAAGCCCUGAUAUGUGCGAGUUCAAUAACCGCGUGUAUGCCACUUACCAGGUGACACGUGGUCUGGCUAGUCUCAACAGCUGUGUGGAUCCUAUAUUGUACUUCCUGGCUGGAGAUACGUUCAGAAGGAAGUUGUCGCGUGCUACUAAAAAACCCUCCAGGAAAGGGGACCAUGUACUUCAGUCCAGGAGUGACGAUACUGCGCUGCACAGCUUAGCAGAAUACGUGGAGAAUGGAGAACGCAAACUUUAGAGACACUGAUGGACAGAUUUUCUUACAGCUACCAUUCCUGAAACAUCUUUCAAGGUGUUAUUCCACGGCCAUCUCCAAAAAUACCCAGAUAUAAUUUUUGUUUCAGUAGUUGUGCAUUUAUUCAUAUAAUUCAUUCACAGAAAAUUUGAUAAGGGUGCAUGAAUGUAUGUGUUACAAGAAUUAUAAGAGGUCCCAACCCUGGUUAAAUUAUAAAGUGUUGUCUGGAACCAAAUAAUUUUCCAUUAUUGAUUGAUUGAUAUCACAUAAUAAUCACAAAUACAGUAAACCUGUAAACAAUCUAGUACAAUGCAUCAGUCCAUUCUAAUGACUCUUUAUCAAUGAAACCCUAAAAAUGUACAGAUAUUUUAAAUUACAGUCUUAAAUGUGACAGACACAGAAGGGGUGGCUUUUUGAAAGGAUGGUCUUGGAAGACCACCUUAAGAUGUUCCUUGAAUGUCAAGAAAACAAAAAGGUCAGAUAAAUAAUGACCAUUUUUGGAUUAACUGCUGUUGUGCACCCACAUGUGAAGGCUUCGGGACUCAGUUGUGCUGAUCUUAUCGUAAGCUACUGUAUAAAAUGUACAAAUGUACAAAAAGAAUCACCCUCUUCCAUCUGUUCCAACAAGUGUUAAUAGACCUAAAUGACGAGUCAUAAUGGAGGAAUUCUGUUUUUGCCAGAGACUGAUUUUUGAACGGAGAGCACCUUUUCUUGGACACAGCACUGACACUUGAUCAAUAGUUAUUACACAGAUCAGAUGAGGCGCUGUGGCGGAGGCGGUGACACUGUGAUGGCCUCUGGGACAAAGUGAAUGCACUGAAGCUGCGUAUGAAGUGCAGCCCCUGUAAUGCACUAACAUAAGGACUGAGUGGGCACCUUCUUGCUUGUAUUUACUGACUUCUUUGGGAUUAGAAAAUGUACUGUUACCAUCAGGGCUUGACAUAAACAACUUUGCUCAUUGCUUGCUGCAGGAUUUUGUUUAGUCAGUUGCUGUUGAUGCUUUAAGCUAUAUAGCAAAUAUAUAAAGUACAGUUUUUGGUGGUAGAUCAAUAGUGCAUAUAAUUACAAAAUGCCACCACAAAUUUGAUCAUAAACAUUGUCAUUUGUAUAUGUUUGUUUAUAUGAGAAAACUCUAAGUAAAGGCCUUUUUAUAUACUUGCAAAUAGACUU